UACCUACUCGUCAUCCACAGGUGAUCGCAACCUUGCCUGUGGACGAACCUUCCUUCUACCAUCUUACGACCACCCUUCGAAGCUUGCUAUUUUGGAGAAGACGAGAUCCUCUCUUUCGCUCUCUAUAUAUACACUUCAAACUCAUUCUUCCACUCUCACACCUCUCCCAUUUCAUAUUCUCUCUCUAGAUUUCUUCAUCUACUUUCUCUCUUUAUAUUUCCGAGCAAUUUAGCUUCAGCUUACUCUACAAGUUCUCUCUCUAUUUGACAAUGGCGACACACGAAGAAAUCUCAGCUUUGGAAUUCAUCAGACAACACCUCCUCGGUGAAUUUAACGCGAAUUUUGUUCUUUCAAGCUCUUCAUCUGAAUCACAAACCGCAAGCUGUGACCAAGUUAACAAUAGUGAUCUAUUCGAUUUUCCCCCCAAUUCGAUCAAUUUCGAGCAAAUUCAAAGUGAUUUCUUUGAAUUGGAAUCGAAACCGCAAAUAAUCGAUCUCACGAGUCCAAAGUCGCUAAAUUUGGACUUCCAAUCGAAUUCUGAGUCGAGCUUCAACGAUCGCAGGCCUUCGAUGAAGAAAUUUGAGGUUUUGGAAAUCGCCGAGUCGACUCAGUCAUCGAGAGUGGUGUCUGUGAAGAAAGGAUUGAAUGCAGAGGAGAGGCCACACUACAGGGGAGUCCGGCAAAGGCCGUGGGGCAAGUUCGCGGCGGAGAUCCGAGAUCCGACCCGUCACGGGUCUAGGGUUUGGCUCGGCACAUUCGACACCGCCAUUGAAGCCGCCAAGGCUUACGACCGAGCCGCAUUCAAGAUGCGCGGAACCAAAGCUAUUCUCAACUUUCCGCUCGAGGUCGGGAAGUCGUAUGACACAAUUGCCGCCGUGGAUGGCGGCCGGAAAAGACACAGAGACGUCGAAGCAGAGGCGGAGCAGAAGCCGUUAAAGAAGGAAAGGUUGCCGGUUUGGGAUCAAAAUGUCAACGGUAGCUUUACCUUCCCUCCCUUAUCGCCGUUAUCUCCCCACCCGGCGUUGGGUUAUUCCCAGCUUAUGGUCAUAUAAUCCUCUGAACUCUGAACUAUUGAGUGUACAUAAAGAGUGGCUGUGGGACAGUGAUUUCGCCAAAAGAUGAAGUGUAUAUUUAUUUGAAUAUUAAUUCAACUCAUUUUUUUCAUAA